AUGUUUAUCAUUGCUUUUACGAAUAUGUUACUUUUGCUACUUAGCAAUAAUGUUGAUGCCAUGAUGAUGGAUUCUUCAACAGAUUCAACUUCUGAUUCAAUCGUGAUUUUAGCUGCCUCAACUGUUUUAGGAUAAGAAAAUUCGAGCCUUUAAGGUUCUGUAAUGGGAGGAACAACAAUUUAUAUGAAAGUUCAAGGAUUAGAUCAGACUGCUAGCAAUAAUGCAGUAUAUAUUGGUAAAUACCCAUGCAUAAUCUCCGAUAAGGGAGUAAAUGGAUUGUUUAUGAACUGCAAAACAACAAAGCCUGAUCCAGAUGACAAUAACUUAUCUAGCUUAUAAAUAGUUGUUAAGGUAUUGGAUAAACCAGACUCAAUAUGUGCUUCAAAAUGCCUUUAUACUUACUCUUAAUACUAUACACCAAAAUUAUUUUAUGUGACUCCAAGAUCAAAUUAUCCAAGAACAUUAAGUUAUUGGAGAGCCCAGUGGGCAGUAUCUAGCUCAGUUGUUUAAUUACUAGAGGGACAAUUCAUGGGAGCUAACAGAUGUGACAGAUUCACAGUUCAAGAUCAGUAUCCAGAUGAGAUCAAUUUCUGGGAUGAUCAAGUUGUAUGCUAAGUUUCAGCUGAAAUCAAAGCUGGUUACUAUGAUUAUACUAUUAAAUCAUAAAGUGGAUAUCAAACUAAUGACGUAGGAGUUAAAUAAAAAAGAGUUUAAUCUGACAGAACAUACGACUCAAAAGUUCUUCCAAUUAUUACAGAGAUUAAUACAAAUUUCGCAUCACCAGAAGGAUAAAUUAUCGAAAUAUCUGGAUAUGGAUUUAGUCCAAUUCCAUCUGAGAACACAGUUAAAAUUUCAGGCUAAUCUGAAACUAUUUAAGUGUUAUCAUCAACUCCAACUACAAUCAAAGCCAAAAUACCAAAACUAACUAAUUUACCAGCUCUUGCUGAUGCUACUGAGAGUUCUGUUUUCAUCUAAGGAAGUGGAUUACAUUAUACCAGAUGGGAUGUUUCUGGAUUAAAUUUGAAUUGUGCUUCAUUUAGAACAUAAAUCAUUACUAACAAAGCUUAAUUAAACAGUAGAAUUUAAUUUGAUGGUAUUUAUCCAGAACCUGAUGUCUAAAAUUAAUUUGGAGAAUAUUAUGGAUAAUACUUUAGAGGUUUCUUAAAAGCACCAUUUACUGGAAAUUAUAGAUUCUAUGUUGCUUCAGAUGACUGUGCUUAAUUCUUUAUUUAAACAACUUAAGUUAAAUAACCAAUUAGACCAGAUACAGCAACAGCUGCAAGUGGAUGGAAUCCUUAUAGAAACUAUUGGUAUGAAUAUUUGACUUAUUCCUAUAACAUCAAAUCUAUAUCUGAAACUGUUGCUUUAUAAUAAGGAGAAUUUUAUUAUAUUGAAGCUUAUCAUCUUAAUGGAGGAUCAACUGGAUAUCUUACACUUUCUAUGGAAGUUGAGAGUGCCACUAGAAAAUCGAACUCAUUAAAUAGUGUCUAUUAAAUUUCAACAUCUUACACACCAGUUAAAGAAGUGAUUGAAAUCACUUUAUAUAAUUCUGUUGGAAAUACUUUAUUAGCAGGUAAGUAUUAACUUUAAUUCACUUAUGGUACUAAGACUAAACCACAAACUACUUUAUAUUACUCAUACACUACUGGAGAUAUUGUACCAAAUGCCAAUGCAAAUGCUAUUAAAAAUGCAAUCUAAAAUUGUGGAGCAGGUUAUUUAGUAACUGUUAUAGCUACUAAGUUAGAUAAUACUGGAGCUGCUUUAGAUGAUGCUGCCACAACAUUUGCUGGAUAUAAAUAUACAAUUACAUUUGAUUCUCAUAGAGGUUCUACUAAUUAUAGAGCACUUCCAACGUUUGUAUCACCCUCUUUAAAUGGAGGAACUCCUGUUAAAGAUAUUGUAAGAACUCAAGAACCACUUGAUCCAAUCAGUGGAACAUUCUAAUUAACAAUGACUAUUAAUGGAAUUGACAAUUUAUUCUAAGUGUCUGCUAAUGUUUAUGAUUUACCUUUUGAUGCAUCAACAUCAUUAAUUGCUGAUAAUGUUGAAAGAAUUACUGGAGAAAGACCAUUUGUUUGGACAGUUGGAAGAGCAUAAGAUGGAUGGAAAUGGUUCAUUGUUUUAAGAUCUAACGUCGAUUAAUUAACUGACUUUUCAGUUUCAACCCAUGUUCUUGUUUCAGGAAAUGGAGAUGUAACUGCUGCUGUUACUAAACCCAUACCAGAUAGUACUAAUUUAUUAUUUGAACCUAUACCCAAUGAAAUUACUCUUUACUUAUAGUUAACAUCCUUAAGUUUAAGUUGA